CACCAAGGAGACAGCUCCGGCCGGCCACCCGUAUAUCCUCCUUGCCCUGAGAUUCCUGCUGAAAGCUAGAAGUCUUCUGGGCCUCUGGGACUUGUUCCAGCCUGGGCCUGAAAAUAGUGCAGUUCUUCGCCUUAGGGAGCUUGGAAGGAUUUUUUUAACUGGAGACCAUGGAUCUCUCCGCCAGCGAGCUCAGCAUUUAUGACAAGCUCUUAGAGACCAUUAACUUGGUGAGGCAGACGGGGCACCAAUGUGGGAUGUCAGAAAAGGCGAUCGAGAAGUUUGUCAAACAGCUUCUGGAGAAGAAUGAGCCUCAGAGAGAACCCCCACGACACUUCCUGCUAAUGGUUGCCCACAAGGGCCUGAUCACCUUGGGGUUCAUUUUGCUCACCGCCUACUUUGCGAUUCAGCUGUACAGCCCUUUACCACCGGAAACCGCCCUCUCUGGAGCCCAGUCCUGGGGCUCCCUCAUCCGUCACAUCAGGCUCCUGUCUCUGCCCAUCGCAAAGAAGUACAUGCUUGAGAGGUGUCGAGACUGGUGGCUGCUCAGUUGCAGGCCCAACAGUUCGUCCAUCCCCGCCAACUGCUCCGUCUGCGCCUCCGUCACGGGCCUCCGGGUGCUGACUGAUAUGGGGCAUUUACCGGAGAAGUUGGAGAGACUGCAGCCUCUGCUAGUCAAGACAGGACGGGCUCUGACGUCCGAGGAGCUGGAGCGCUUCCGCUGCCGGUACCCAGAGCUGACGGAGGUUAUCGCCGAAGGAGGUCCGGGCAGCUGGAGGGGUUGCUUCGCCCACCGGGGCUUCCCGUUCGCUUCCCCCCGGAGAAAACCCCUGAACGGAAUCAAUAGGACAAGUGUUCUCCACGAGCUCUUCCCCGUUUUCGCCCUCCUGCCAUUUCCAAAAGACAUCUCGGAGCUGACCUGUUUCCUCAGUCACCCCUCGGCGAAGGGGGGAAACAAGACACACAGACUGCAUGAUGUGUUUGUCGUCGGCAGUGGCCACGUCACCCUCAAUAUCUCGCCUUCUCCUGAGUGCAGAGAACACUGCAGGACUGUGACCAGGGAGCUCGAGCCAGGGGACAUCGGCUAUGUCAGCAGGGAUCACUGGAAAAUCAGCUUUGACCCAAGAGGUCCGGACACCGUGAUGAUCUGCGACGGAACCACCAGCUCAGAAGUGUAGAGAAGUCAGGCUCCAUCCCGAAGCAGCCCUGUAGAGCUGGGGCGGCUACCGGAAUGCCGCGAAAAUAAAAAUAAAAAUGCAAGAACUGGA